CUUGGGCAACCAAGACUCCCUCACACGCACGGUGGAACACCGCGACAAACGCGCAUCGUAUCCCUGACCCCAGGAAACCACGCGAGAAGGCGGAUACAUCAACCAACAUAACCAACAACUGGACGGGAGAUGAGACGGCGACGCGGACGGCCGCCGGGUACAAACAUCGCAACCGCGGGACAUUGCUUGCCCGUCGCCGUCAACCACACGCAGGUGUGUCGCUCCAACGAGACUGCCAAGGCGGUCGAGUCCAUCGUGUAACGCAACAUGAGCAAGUACCACGGAAAGGACAACGUGCGUGACGCCGGCCACACCAAGACCACCUAGCGCUUUCUACGGUACACGACAGAACGUCUUCACGACAACUGGGCUACCUUGUCCAGAGUGCGAGUCUUGCGAAGUCGAAGGCCGUCGUUGAUGACCUAGCUAGGCAGACACAAGAGGCAAGAUCACGUCGUCAAGGCACUUCCAAGGCCGGAAAUGCCGGCCAAAAUAUAUUGAACUUGUACGUAGAAUUAGGUUCAUGCAGUCCGGGUUCCAACCAGAGUGUCGCGCUGUCUUUCUCAGGAAACAGGAAACAAGGGGGGGGGGAAGUCUGCAUUUAUGGCAUGUAUCAUUUGAAUAUGCGACGCCGUCGCACACUUUAGAAGCCCAACUUAGCAGCGCUUGGUGGGUCAGUCGUACAGAGUGGCGAGAGGUUCGCACAGCCGCAGGGUGGGUGUCGGCUGUUUUUUUUUUUUCUCCCAUCAUUGGACUCUGUCGUCUGCCCCUCUGGCCCCUAUCCUCCACUUCUACUAGCUAGACGACCCAACCGGGGUCACACAGGAGGGUAUGUACAGUACUGGAUGCAUUUUUUUUGUCCGGGUGAGUUAAGUUUCUGCAAGCAAGAAGCGCGUGUUUAUCGGCGUUCGUUGGGUAGGGUUUUUGUUUUGUACAGCCCUGCAACAGGACGCCACGGGCCGGUGAAGUAACCUCUUGAUAGUAAAUGGAACGGCGUCAUUGCGCAAUAAUGUCUGGGGCGGGGUUGUCGAGGGGGUUGUUCGGAAGACGCUGGAAACUCGUGGGGAGUGUCUCGUGAUUGAGGAGUAAUUGAAGCCUGUGCAUUGAUUUGGCAAUGAACCGGAUCGACCAUAUUAUUCUUGUUUGAGUGUGGGCACGUGUCCCGACAACUAGCUGAGUAAGGUCGUUCGUUCGUUACGAGUGAGUGCUGCUGUAUGCAUAGAAUGCUGGGGAAUAUAUAGGAGCGUGGUUCCGGCGUUCGCUUUCUCGGUCUUUUUAGUCCAACGGAGUAAUUUUCCAAGCGAUGGUUCCCGCAGUGCCUCGUUUUCAUC